GCCUGCGCGGGCUGUGGGCGGGCCCCGCUGAGGCGAGCGGCGUUCCCUUCUUCCCACCGCUUUUUCUCUGCGGGACUUCCAGCCCUUUCGCCGCCAAGAUGCCGCGGAUUAUGAUUAAAGGCGGUGUGUGGCGGAACACCGAGGGGUAUGAGGGAGCUGGAAUCUCUUGCACUUGAAGACUCUUCCAAAUGCGGAAAUGGUGAAGAUGGGUAUGGGCUCUUCAUCUGCAGCUUGAAGUGUUUCCUACACAGAAAUUUAUGUGCUGUUCAAAAAAAGAGCAGAGAACCCCACCCCACUCUCCCAUUUUUGCCAUCGCAUGCUUUCAGAACUGCAAGCGAUGGUGAAAAGAAAAAUAAUAACACAAGAAAUCAAGGAUGUCAGUUUUAUUAGAUACAUGUUUAAAGCAAAAGGAUGUACCCAACACUGUGUAAAAUCCAGAACUCUGCCACUGUAUACUGUGAACGCUAGGCAUGUACGUAGUUCUAGAAAGCAGUGAGAAAAGAACAAUAGAAGGAUGAAAUUCUGAAAGCAGCUGUGAUGAAAUAUGGCAAAAACCAGUGGUCUCGUAUUGCUUCUUUAUUGCAUAGAAAAUCAGCAAAACAGUGCAAAGCCAGAUGGUAUGAGUGGCUAGACCCGAGCAUCAAAAAGACAGAGUGGUCACGGGAAGAGGAGGAGAAACUGUUGCACCUGGCCAAGCUCAUGCCAACCCAGUGGAGGACCAUUGCCCCCAUUAUCGGAAGAACUGCUGCACAGUGUUUGGAACACUAUGAAUUUCUGCUGGACAAAGCUGCUCAGAGAGACAAUGAGGAAGAAACUGCUGACGAUCCUCGGAAACUUAAACCUGGAGAAAUUGAUCCAAAUCCAGAAACCAAACCAGCCAGGCCAGAUCCUAUUGACAUGGAUGAAGAUGAACUUGAAAUGCUGUCUGAAGCUAGAGCUCGUCUGGCUAAUACACAGGGAAAGAAGGCCAAAAGAAAAGCAAGAGAGAAGCAGUUGGAAGAAGCUAGACGGCUUGCUGCUCUCCAGAAAAGACGAGAACUUCGGGCUGCUGGAAUUGAGAUCCAGAAGAAAAGAAAAAAGAAGAGAGGUGUGGAUUAUAAUGCAGAAAUCCCAUUCGAAAAGAAGCCUGCCCCUGGUUUUUAUGAUACAUCAGAGGAAAACUACCAGUCCCUGGAUGCAGAUUUCAGGAAGCUACGUCAGCAAGACCUGGAUGGAGAAUUAAGAUCUGAAAGGGAGGGAAGAGAGCGCAAAAAAGACAAACAACAUAUGAAACGGAAAAAAGAGUCAGACUUGCCUUCAGCUAUUCUACAGACCAGUGGUGUGUCAGAAUUUACCAAAAAAAGAAGUAAACUAGUGCUUCCAGCUCCUCAGAUAUCUGAUACAGAACUUGAAGAAGUUGUAAAAGUAGGCCAGGCAAGUGAGAUUGCACGCCAGACUGCUGAGGAAUCUGGAAUUACAAACUCAGCUUCCAGCACUCUUCUGUCUGAAUAUAAUGUGACCAACAACAGCAUAGCACUAAGGACUCCCAAAACUCCGGCUGCACAAGACAGGAUCCUUCAGGAAGCCCAGAAUUUGAUGGCUCUCACAAAUGUGGAUACCCCCCUGAAAGGAGGUCUUAACACUCCCUUGCAUGAAAGUGACUUUUCGGGGGUAACACCACAGAAACAGGUUGUUCAGACUCCAAAUACUGUGCUUUCCACACCCUUCAGAACACCUUCUCAUGGACCAGAAGGCUUAACUCCUCGUGGAGGACUAACUCCUAAACCUGUGGUUGGUACAACUCCUGGUAGAACUCCACUGCGUGAUAAAUUGAACAUCAACCCAGAAGAGGGAAUGGCAGAUUACAGUGACCCAUCUUAUGCAAAACAAAUGGAGAGAGAGUCUCGUGAACACCUGCGCCUUGGACUCAUGGCCCUUCCUGCUCCAAAGAACGACUUUGAGAUUGUUUUGCCUGAAAAUGCAGAAAAAGAACUUGAGGAACAUGAAGUAGAUGAAGCCUUUGUAGAAGAUACUGCUGAUAUAGAUGCCCGCAAGCAGGCUCUCCGAGAUGCAGAGCGUGCAAAGGAACUGAAGAGAAUGCACAAAGCUGUUCAGAAGAAUCUGCCACGGCCCUCAGAAGUUAAUGAAACAAUACUGAGACCCUUAAAUGUGGAACCACCUCUAACAGACUUGCAGAAAAGUGAAGAGCUAAUAAAGAAAGAGAUGAUUACUAUGCUUCAUUUUGAUCUUUUACACCACCCAUUUGGAGAACAGCCUAGUGGUAAGAAGGGGAAAGGCCCAGGAUUUGGAAGCAACAAUGCAGAACAUAUGGCUUACUUGGAACAAAAUCCUUAUGAGAAGUUCUCCAAAGAGGAUCUCAAGAAGGCCCAGGAUCUACUGGCACAAGAGAUGGAAGUGGUAAAGCAAGGAAUGGGGCAUGGAGAGCUCUCAAGUGAAGCUUAUAACCAGGUGUGGGAAGAAUGUUACAGCCAAGUGUUAUACCUGCCUGGACAGAGCCGCUACACAAGAGCUAACCUGGCCAGCAAAAAAGACAGGAUAGAGUCACUUGAAAAGAGGCUUGAGAUAAACAGAGGUCACAUGACAACUGAAGCAAAGAGGGCUGCCAAGAUGGAGAAGAAGCUGAAGAUCUUGCUUGGUGGUUAUCAGUCUCGAGCAAUGGGCCUCAUCAAACAAUUGAAUGAUUUGUGGGACCAAAUCGAACAGGCACAUCUGGAGCUACGUACUUUUGAGGAACUGAAGAAACAUGAAGAUGCUGCAAUCCCUCGGAGACUGGAGUGUCUGAAGGAAGAUGUGCAGCGACAGCAGGAGAGAGAAAAGGAGCUCCAGCAGAGAUUUGCUGACUUCAUGCUGGACAAAGAGACUUUUCAAGCAAAGUAUUAAAGCACAAAAUUCCAUUUGUCACUGAUGUAACAUUUUUGAAGUGUACAGAUACUUCUCCAGCAGCUUUUGCCAUCAGUUGCAGAAAUCAAGUCUAGUCUGCUGUUUGCAUCUUGUCAAGUUUUGUUCUUUUAAUGGACUAUUCCAAAUGCUCUAGGUAUGAAUGGCUUUAGCCAGUACUAAAAAUUGGAUUAAAAUGUCCAAAAUUUUAUUAAAAGGAAAAAAAAAAUCACUCUGGUAUGAUUCUAGCCAUGUCUUCAUUUGCUAGGGUUAUCACAUUAUUCCUAAUGUUUUAUCAGUCUUAAGAUGUGUAAGAUACAUGUGUGCAAAAUAAUGUCUUUUGAAUAAACCUGGAAUGUUAAAAAAUAAUGAAGAAAUAAAACACCUG